AACAAAGCAAGUACAGGUUAGCUUUUUAACAGGAUGUGGGGUAGUAUAUAAGGUGUGGAGAAUUCAAAACAGCAAUGAGAAGAUUUGAGAAAGGAUCGAUUUCUGUUAUUGCUCAAAAAGUCGCAAUGCAGUUUGUUCUAGUUUUAAUUUGUGCGCUCUAUUUGGUGCAUGUGCAUGGGCGCACGCAAGGGUUGCCGAACAGCAACAGGCCGAUACCACCAAACUUCGAAGUGGUCUAUGGUUGGACGAGAAUCGACUACGACUGGACUAGCCCGGCCAUGAAAGAAAACUACAUCAACACGGGAAAAUACAUUCCUGAAAACAACGGAAUGACGGGGAUAAAAGUAUACAAAGGAGACGUGUACGUGACAACGUCACGAUUCUUUGACGGUGUUCCAGCUUCACUCGAUAAGAUUGUGACGAAAGAUGAUGGCACAUCCGUGAUGCAGCCCUUCCCUGACUGGGACUCUCACACGAUAGGUGACUGUAAUUCUUUACAGUUUGUGCAGUCCAUGGAGAUUGAUCCGAAUACAGGACUAAUGUGGGCUGUAGACGUCGGUAGGUCAGCAAUAUUCAAACCAAGCGCCACAAGAAACUCUUGUCCGGCCAAGAUUGUGGUGUAUGAUCUAGAGACCAAGAGAGAGGUCAGUCGUUACAUCUUUCCGCCUGAAGUUGUUGCCAGAAACACCAGUUUUCUCAAUGACGUUGUUCUGCAUUACGUUGACGGGACUGUCGCGUACGUUUACAUUACAGACAGCCUUGACCCUGCUAUUGUGGUGUUUGAUGUAAGGAAAAAUCAGUCCUAUAGAUUCGAAGACCCAGCGACCAUGGCACCUCAAAAAGGCCUGCCAGUUGACAUCGACGGCACACCAUUUGAUCCAAAGCUUGGCAUUAACGGAAUUGCUAUGUCACCUGAUUUCCGUUACCUGUACUUCUCAGCGGUCGCCGGCUUGACGCUCUAUCAGGUUCCCACCGAUGCUCUUCGGGAUCCCGCCUCUAACAUAUCCUCUGCUAUUCGCGCUGUUGGUGUGAAACCAACUCAAUCUGAUGGCAUGGUCUACGGCCAACAUAACCUGUAUUAUACGGGCCUCAACGACAGCACCGUUCUACGCUGGGAUGUCGUUAACGACAUCACAAAGACGCCGAGCAGGUCGGAAGGGGAGGCAACCCUCAAGAGCGUCAAUACACUCCUUAAGGACGCCAAAAAACUGGCCUGGCCCGAUACGAUGGCAAUCGAUGAGCAAGGAUACCUAUGGGUGACAGCUCCAGAUGCUGGCCGCUGGUUCUUAGGCCGCCUCGACUUUUCUCCCAGUGGACCAAUUAACAUGAGGAUCGUUCGCACUUACAUCGGGGAACUAAGCUACCUUCAUCAGAAGAAACCGAUCGCAAACGCCGUAAGCCGGGUGACAUCGGGUUUGGUACUGUUACCUUUCUGCAUCUUUGCGUCCCUCUAUACAGGCGCGUUAACUGUUCAUCAUUAAUUUUCACAAUUUACGAUAUAUCCACGUGUGGAUCCACUUUGUUUUGUUACAACAUCUGCUUGUAAAAUAAAUCCUGGUGAAGCAACUUGCGACUUAAUGCUGAUUGAAAUACAACCCCUGCCAUAAGAAUGGGCGGCUAAGGAAAUUCGUAUUACUUUGCUUUUAUUUCUACAUUUAAAGGAUUUAGUUAACAAUAUAUAUGUAUCUUUACCUACGUGCAUAUCAUUUUUUCAAAUACUUUAAUGACCCGAAGACACCAUGACCUGAAAUGUUGUCCAUUUCUUUUAAUUUUCCUGACUUUAAAGCAGCUUAGCAUUAACUUAGACUUGUGUCGUAUUAUGGAUGUGUGAUAUCAUAAAAAGAUUAUUUGAUAUCCACCUAAAUCGAACAGAGGGACAUUGAAUGCUUAAAGUAAAGGCGGGAAACUUAGGACUGGAAAUAGUGUGUAUAUUUUUUAUAGUAUUGGCACGUCAUUAACUGAGGUCACGGUUCUAAAUAACUUGUUUGUAAAGACAAGAAUCUUUGUAAACGAGAAAUAUGAAUCACUGUAAACAUGUGGAGUGAAUCUUUGUAACGUGAGAUUUGCAUCUUUGUAAACUUGGGGUAUGAAACUGUGUAAAAUUGAGGUUUGAAACUGUGUGAACUUGAUGUUUGAAUUCGUUGAUGAAACUUUGUAAAGGAGUGUCUGGUAGGGUUUCGUACAUGUAGGCCUAGCCUGCUCAUGUUAAUAGGCCUUUCUGUGAGGUGUUUCUGUAUUUUAUUUUCAUCGUCAAAGUUCUAUCUGACCUUUAAUAAGAAAAUAUCAGGAAACACGGAGAUGUUGAAGAGCAUACUGUGAUAUCAAAUAAAACGAAAAACGAUUUUUCCGAAUAUUAUA